AUGCUGCCCCCUGCUGGCCGAGAUGUGAACUGCAGUCACCGGGGACGGCUUCCCACCGUGGCUUCAUCUGGCAACGUCAACACUGCAGCUCCGCUGCAGCCUGGUGGCCCGGCGGCGGCAGAGCUCGGGGCCAGGGGCCCCCCAUACGCCUGCAGCACGGGGGACGGACCCACUCCCAGGCUCCUGCGCACCACACCUGCCAGGUUGCCUGCCUCAGUUUCCCCAGCGGCACAGGGGUUGACGCGGGCGGCCCUGGGAGCGCAAGGGGACGAGCUGUGGAGACAGGUGGUGGAGGCUGAGGGGCGCGGGCAGCGGCGCUGGACUGAGAGUCGGGCUUUCCUGAAAGACUACGAUCCCGGCAACAAGAAGGAGCCUGAGCAGCUGCCGGAGCACGGGCCGCGCUUCUCGGACACGGUCCCCGUUGCCAGCAGCCAGGUGGUGGGCAGCAGGCUGGCCACGCCGCUGGGUAGGGCCCUGGUCUGCAUGGACUUCGAGUUCGUGGAAGGGACAGCAGGAAGAGGCCGGGGGCUGGGCUGCAGCCUGCCUAGACAGGGGCUUACUCCGCAGGUGGGUGCAGGGGAGGAGGGGAUGCAGAGCAUCAGUCCAAACCCCGGGCAUGUGCCUGGGACCCCAGCAUUCAGGAGGCUGAGGCAGGAGGAUCGCUGUAAGCUCAAGGCCGGUCUGGGCUGCCUAGUGAAAACAGAACAAAGCAACAAGAACUCCCCUGGAACUGAGCAGCUGCUCCCUCCUUCGCCCUCCCCUCAGAAAUGCUCCGGAGAGAAGGAAACCAGCAGGGGGCACGGUGGCUGCUUUUCCUUGGACCCUUGCCUGGGUUUUGUUCGAAGCAGCUGAACCUCAGCUUAUACCCCAUCCCCUGAGGAACUGCGUUUUCGGGACCCAUGGGUGUGGAGACACAGCAUGGAGAAGUUAGUGGUAAGCCUAAGCCCACAUAGCCGGCAGAUGGCGGAGCUGGGCUACGAACUCUGGUUCAAUGGCCCCCGGAGCCUCAGGCUCAGGCAGAGGCCCAGACCCGAGGCAGCCAAGGGCCAGACCUUGACCUUAGCUCAGGCAGCUGAGCUGUGACUAUAGGGGUUCCGUUUAAAAAAAUCGAACUCUCUUUUUUGGAUGGCACCGGGAAUUGAACCCAGGGCCUUUGCACUGAGCUCCAUC